UAAACCUUAGUUUUUAAGUUUUUAAACAGCCAUUUAAUUGAAAUGACUUGCUAAGAAUUGGCAGGAGUUAAUGGAUUGGCAAACAUUUAGUAUUUUCCAGAUCAGCUACUGGCACUUAAAGCUGCAGCCAUUUACUACAACAGAAAUUCUAACACCACGUCUUAUGUCUAUCAGCUUAAAAGCUAGACUUUCCCUCUCUGCCCCUCAGAGUUCCACAACCGACUGAAGUUAGUACUGGACAGGGGAUGUAUAUUAUACAGAGGAAAUAUGUUAUAAAUCAUCCAGCAUGCUUAUUAAUGAGCAAGAAGAGGAUUUUUGUUGUAGUACAGUGUUUGGCCAUGUUUUAAAUAAGUUUGAUUUAUGAACUCACUUUCAUUGAAUAGAACUGCACUUUGCAUUAUUCAGCUACCUGACUUCUCUGCCCCUUGCAAUCCCUUAAAAUAUAAUGAGAUAGAAUUCAAGUUAUUGGGCCUCAAAUACAGGUUGGAAGAAGUUGGCAAGCAGUACUUUGAGAGCAGUAAAAUGUCACUAUGCUUUUCCUUCAUUUUCUAUUGAAAGCUGCAGAGUGGGAAAGCAACAGAAGUUGGAAACACCUUUCUUUUGGAAUUUUCUUGGUGUAGAAAAUUUUCUAAUCUACUUUGAAGUUCUCAUCAGGUUUGUGACUUUUGAAAAUCUGUACCCCAGUGUGAUAAUGCUGCUGCUGUUUAGGAAAGCUGGAAGAACCGAUUGCACCCAAACUUGUUUGCUCUCCCUCUGAUGAUUAGGCAGAUUCUUUCAUGUGAAAAUUAUUGAAAGCUACUUUAUUAUUUUAGUGGAACAGCUAGAAUCAUUGAUUUCAGAGUUUACAAGUAAAGAGAAUACAAUUAGAUAUUAGAAACUAACAAUAGAGAAGAAAGAAAUAUGUGAUUUUGCCUGAAAAACAGUUAAAUUUUAAAUGUGGUAGGUUAUAUAUUAACUUUUCUUCUAUCUAUAAGGCUUUUAUUUUUUGGCUCCUAAGAGUGUAAAAUAUUUGCCUGUAAUAUUUUAAAGAAUUCUUAUUAAAAAGUCUGUAGAUGACACUUUUAAAAAUAUUUGAGCAAUUGUACUUUAAGGAUUUUUAAAGCAUCAAACAUUCAGAGUUAACCUGUUAGAGCGGUAGAAAGUUUGUCUUGUGAUUUUUAAAAACCCUUCUUGAUUUGUUAGUGAAUUGUUUCAGUACACCUUUGUCUUGGUGAUAACGCCUAAUCUCACUUGAGAAGGUAAAAAAAAAUUUUCUUGGCCGGGCACGGUGGCUCACAUCUGUAAUCCCAGCACUUUGGGAGGCCGAGGCGAGCGGAUCAUGAGGUCAGGAGAUCAAGACCAUCCUGGCUAACACGGUGAAACCCCAUCUCUACUAAAAACACAAAAAAUUAGCCAGGCGUGGUGGCGGGCGCCUGUAGUCCCAGCUACUCGGGAGGCUGAGGCAGGAGAAUGGCGUGAACCCGGGAGGUGGAGCUUGCAGUGAGCCAAGAUCGUGCCACUGCACUCUAGCCUGGGGGACAGAGCGAGACUCUGUCUCAAAAAAAAAAAAUCUUAAUUACAAUGAAAGAUACUUAGGAAAAUCCUAUGUUGUUGCUCUUACUUGAGAAUAACAUUUUCUAACUGAAGAGCUGUCAUUGGUACACUUCAUCUUGUCUUCUAGGAGCUUAACCUGAUGGUUUUUUGUUUUCCUAUAUAACGACUCAUAUAGAAAUAGUAAUUGUAGGUAAAUUUAAAGUUUGCCAAGAGAAGUAUUAAAAUGUACUGUAUAUUUUAUAGGUGUUUACUAAGUUAUAUUUUCUAGAGGUCAACUUAGCACUCCAGUCUCUUAAAGUGACAUGUGUUAAAGCAGCGUUUUGUGUACUGUAUUUCUGCCAAUGUUUUAGAAGAUUUACAAAGUAGCCAAUGUGAAAACUAUUAUACAAAGUUAAAUAGUAGACUUUGACAGAUAGGAAUAAUGUAAGGGCUUGAGGUAUUAAGGCGUGGAAAUUGAUGUUUUGGGGAUUGGUAAAUGAUUGUUGGCUGGUCCACAUUUAAAUUCUUUCUGUUAAACUUGUAGAUAGUCAAAGUGAAGUUCAUUAAAUAUUUUCUGAAAUCAGUUUAUUAAGGUGACAAAGUAUUUUAAACAUUUAAAGAAGUAUUAAUUAAAAUGGUAUUAUAAAUUUAGAACUUGGUAUAUUUAGAACUUUGGUUAUAUUGUCUGUUCUUGGGUUUUCAUGUGAAUAUAAGACAAUUGCUAUUUUUUUUCAAUUAAGAGGCUAUUUUUUAAAACAGUUUUAGACUUACAGAAUGAUAUGUUUUUAUAUAAGAAAUAUCAAGAAAGCUUGUAGAAUAGCAAAGCUUAGCAAAAAUUAAUUUAUUUGUCUUAUUGGUGCAUUUCAUUGUUUCACAAAGUGGGGGGUCCUGAUUUGGAACACAGACUAGGAAAAGGUAGGGUGAAUUCUUUGAAUAGAUAAUUUUUCCAUUCUUAAAAGUUUAACUUGUUCAUUUUUGGACCAGUUAAAAUUUUUUUCCCGUUUCUUUAAAACUGUGAAAUAGAUGGGUGGGGUCACAGUAUGACCAAAAAAAAAAAAAAAAAACCCUAAAAAUAGAGCUCUUUACUAGAUAUCUAUGUUUUAUCCUAGCUAAAUGAAACUCUUUUACAUUAAAAUCUUUUUUGAUAUGGACCAGGGCAGUCUCAGGGCUAAUUAGAGAACCUUCUCACAUUAAUGAUCUCAGUGGCUGGUCUUGUCCUGCUCUCUCCAUGCCGGCUGUAGGUGUUUUUUAGAGCAGAGAUUUAUUUAAAACUAUUGAUGCAUUCAGCAGCAUACUAACCAGUGACCAUCGUUCUUACUUACUCUUCCUCUUGAUCAUUCUUUCUCUUUUCUUUACUGGUUCUUCAUUAUUGCACCUCUUGAAUAUUGAUAUUCCACAGUGUUUAAUCCUCAGUAUUGUUCUAUCUUGUUUUGUAUAGAUCCAGUCAUUUUGUGUAUGCUUGGCAAUUCCUGGAUUAUUCAUUCAACCAGCAUUUGCUUUGCUUGGUUCAGGAAAUGCUAGUGAUAAAGUGAAGGAGAAAUAAGAAACCAGCACUUACAGAGCACAUUGACUGCAUUGUAAGGGAUUUGUAAGAGUUUCAUCAGAAUAGAGGAGGGCAAUCUGGUUGUCGUAACAUAACAUACUUCUAAGAUACGCCCAGUCUGGGAGUGGGGGAAAUUAGAUGUUUUCUAGGCAAAAAGGACAAAAAUAUUUGCAAGAAAGGUAUCAAGGCAUUUUGAGCAAAAGAAAUAGCAUGAAAGAACGUGAUACGUUUUGGGGAAUUGCAAGUAUUUGGUGUGGUAGAAGAGAAUGCAGUGAGUGUGGACAUAGUAGGAUAUGAAUCUGGAAAAAGGUAGAGAGGGGCCAUGCCAAGGAGUUUAGAAAGGAGUUCCAAAAGUGGUUUUAUGAUACAGAUAACUUGGGGCAGGUAGAUGAUAGAUUUCGGGAUGUGUGAAAGUGGGUGGGGCAGGGAUCAAGACUUGAGCCAGGCCUGCAGUCCCAUUAGGAGGUUUUUGUGAGAGUAAAUUGUUGAGGGCCUAAAUCAAAGGAGUGGCGUUGGAGACACAGGAUGCAUUUGAAUUUGAGGUAAUCUGUUGGGCCUGUUGACUGACUAGAUACAGGGGAGUAGGGAGAAAUUGAGGAAGAAAUUCCUGCUUGAGUAACUACAUAGAUAGUUAAGCCAUUACCUAAAAUGAAGUUUCUCUCCCGUCACUCUGGCAGUUAUGACUUAUUCUUGCCUUUACUUCCCUCCUUCUAUCUGCUGCUUAAACCCAUUCUUAGGUUUUGUCAUUUCUUCCUCUGCAACUCUUUUCUCACCUGUAUGUUGAAUCUUAAAUCCAUAUUUUUAAUCCAAACCUUUUUGAACUCCAGAACCAUAUAUUCAGUUGCAUCCCAUGUGUGCAUAUUCUGUAGCAGUGGUUCUCGAAGUUUACCUGAGGACAGGAUCCCUAGGAGGCUCCUCAAAACUCUUUCAUGAGAUCCAUGAGGUCAAAUCAAUUUUCAUAAUAACAGGAAGACUUUAUUUGCCUGUUUCACUUUUAUUAUGAGUAUAUACUGGAGUUUUCCAGAGGUGACACAGUGUGGGAUACCACAACAAAUUGGAUGCAGGCACAUAUGUGAUAAUCCACCUGCCUUCUGUUAAGCCAGAUGUUAGAGAGACUUACAGAAAUGUUAAGCAGUGCCAUGCUUCUCACUAAUUUUGUUAUGGAAAAUAGAAUAAUUUUUUUUAAAUGUAUCUAUGUUCGUAUGUAAUAAAUUUAUUUUUAACUCACUUAAAAUAUUUGUUUAAACUUUUAUUAUGGUAAAUGUAUAUACAACACACACAAACGAAACCUUUUGGAGUUCUCAGUGUUUCAGAGUAUAAAGGACCUUGAGACCAAAACAUUCGAGAUGUGAGUCAGCAGAGGCAGUGUGGUUAAGUGCCUUGCCCAUGGUCAUAUAGCUAGUAAGUUGCAGAGCUGAGAUUUGAAUCCAUCCAGUCUUUUGAACCUAUACUUCUUGUCCUGGGACAGUUUAGGUAAGAUUAAUAUUACAUGUUUCUUGAGGAUACACACCCAUCCACACACGCCCCCUGUAAAGUUAUCUGAGCCUGGUGCAUGUUAUGUUAUGUUAUGUUAUGUUAUGUUAUGUUAUGUUAUGUUAUGUUAUGUUUUAUGUUAUGUUAUGUUAUGUUAUUCAGGAGUUGGGGCCUUACCAUGUUGCCCAUGCCUGACUUGAACUUUUUGGCUCAAGCGAUCCUCCUGCCUCAGGACUACAGACGUCUGCUGCUGUGCCUGGCUUUUUUGUUUUUUGUAUUCCUGGUGUGUUUUGGAGGGAUAAAUCUUGGGAGACCCUUUCACAGUUUCUGCUGUUAUACUAUAGGACCUUCUAUUCCUCUGUGAGCCUAUUCUGGUAAAUUAUAUUUGAUAAAGCAGAGUUUGGAAAACUACAGUCUGCAAGUGAAAUCUGGCCCACUGCCUGUUUUUGCAUAUGCAGUGUUAUGAAAUAUAGUCACAUCCAUUUGUUUGCAUUUACCUGUUGUCUAUGACUGCUCUGGUGCUACACUGGCAGAGUUGAGUAGUUGUCACAGAUUCUGUGGUCUGCAAAGCCCAAAAUAUUUACUUUCUCAUCUUUACAGAAAGAACUUGCCAACCCCUGUUGUAUAACAUAGUUCAAUUUAGUUGGGUUUUGUUUUACUGGGAUAGAUUGUACAUAGUAUUUUCUUGUCUUUUGGUAAUCUCCACGUUUGAAUUUGUGUCUUUUUCAUUCCCAGUGCUAUUUAUAUCUCUUGUUUUUUAUUCCCAUUGUUUGGGAUGACCAAAAUUUAGCCUGACUUAUUGGUAACAGUGUUAUGUUGGUGCUCCAUCUUUUAUACUGUGCUCUCCAAUAAUUUAAAUGCAAUUAGAUUUAGAGAUACAUGUUUCUUUUUCUUUUUCUUUUUUCUUUUUUUGAAACAAGGUCUUGUUGUUGCAAGACUUUGGGAGGCAGACAGAGGUUGCAGUGAGCCAAGAUCCAAGAUCGCGCCAUUGCACUCCAGCCUGGGAAACAAGUGCAAAACCCUGCCUAAAAAAAAAAACACUAUUAAAGGCCAUGUGCAGUGGCUCCCAGCACUUCGGGAGGCCAAGGCAGGAGGAUCACCUGAGAUCAGGAGUUCGAGACAGCCUGGCCAAUGGCAAAACCCCAUCUCUACUAAAAAUAGAAAAAUUAGCCGGGGCUGGUGGCACACACCUGUAAUCCCAGCUUCUCCUCAGACUGAGGCAUGAGAAUCACUUGAACCAGGGAGGUGGAGGUUGCAGUAAGCCAAGACUGCACCACAGCACUCCAGCCUGAGCGAGACUCUUGUCUCCAAAAACAAGUAUAUACUAGUGAAAAAGAAAAAGUAUGGUAGUAUUCAUCAGGGAAAUUAUCUGAUCCUGAUGGACACUUUCAUAAAUUUGUCUUAUUUCUUCUAUGUAAACUAGUUAAUCUAUUUAGAUUUCCUGCCUCUUCUAUGGUCAGUGUUAAAUUACUCCCUCCUCCAGCUUUUCAAACUAUUUAUAGAUUUGAAGAUAAAUAUAUUAAUUGCCGAAGGUUAUUUUUUUCCAUUUUCAUUUUUUUAAUAAAGUUUUAACUAUUCUUUUUCAUAGAAGCAUGCCUUGGAUUAUAUAGAUUUACUUUAAAAGUCAUUGAUCUCUCUUUUAUAUUUACUAAUUCCGUCUUUCUAUUCCCUUUAGUGUGUGCGGGUGUUUUCCCCCUUCUUGAGUUGGAUUAUUAUGUUCUUGUUGGAAAUAAGGCUAUGAAUUUUUUUUUGUGCACUGGUUUAGCUGGAUCUUAAAAUGUAUUGUAUGCAGUGUUUCCAGUAUUAAUUUCUUGGUAACCCUGUAAUUUAGUGUUUAUUUCUUCUUCAUCUUGAAAUGUACUUUUUUCUUCUUUUUCUUUUCUGUUUUUAGCUGCAAAAUUUGUGUUACGCAGUUGAAAUUUAUUUAAGGCAGAUUUUUAUUUGCUAGUUUUAUCAUUUUAGUGACAUUGCAUUGUAAUCCAGAAAUAUCCACUGUAUUAUUUCUAGCCUUUGCAAUUUUUUGAUGUUUUCUUUGCUGCUGUAUGGCAUGUAUGUGCGUGUGUGUGUGCACACGUGUACAUGCAUGCAUGCAUGUUAACCUAUGAUUGUUUCAUGGGUAUUUGUCAAAAAGAUGUUACCUGUUUUCAAGAUACAUGGUUUUGCUGUUUUCCGGUUUUCUCUGUCUCCAUUUAUUUUGCAUGUUUUGGUAUUAUGAGGCUUGGCAUAUGAAAGUGCUUAAUUGCUCAAUCUUUUUAGUUUUUUUUUAUUAUGAAUAUGAAAUUUGUCUUAUCCUUUAUAAUGCUUUUCUCUUUGAAUUUUAUUUUGUCUGAUAUCAAUAUUGUUUUCAUUUUAAUUUUCUUAGCCUUUCUUGGUUGUAUAUCUUCCUCUCUAUUUUUUUUUUAACCUUGCUGCACUGUUUUGUUUUAGGAGUGCUUUUUGCAAAGUAUAUUGUUUUUCCUUUCUUAGUUUAAGAGGCUUUAUCUUUUAACAAGUGAACUUAACCCAUUCACAUUUAUUGUGACACAGAUAAUUGGGGGCUUCUAUUUAGCAUCCUAGUUUGCAUUAACCAGAACUUUGAAAUUUUUUAAAAUUCCAUUUUCCGUGUCCGUUGAAUAGAUGAAGUUAUCUAAUUUUCCUUUUUCCCCCCUUCCAGUGGUUUGGGUGGUUAUGAACAUAAUUAACUUAAAAUUUUUAACUACACAUAAACCAUGCCAGUAUUAGUCAGUAUUGGUAUUUGUUACCUAGCAACCCCCACCUACGUUCACUGUUUACUCCUUCUGCACUCAUUACUUCUAUGUCUUAUUUUGUAUCUAAGAUUGUACUUCAGAUUAGCUUCAUGUAAUAAUCAGUAGUUACAUUGUCUUGAUGUCUUUACUGGUUUUAAUGACGCUUUCUGGCCCCGGAAAUAAAUACCUAUCUCAGCUUUGUAUUCCACAUGGUACUUUACUGAUCAGAAGUACAGCAGUUACUUGAGUUCAUGCCUUCAUAUAGAUCAUUCACAGUUUUUGUAUAUAGGUUUUCUUCUGGUUCUUUGAUAAAUAAAAAGCAUCUUCCUGCUCCUUUCUCACAGACUUUGUUUGGACCUAAAAUUGUCACAAUUUUUUUUUUAAUGUUUAGAUUUUUAAAGUAAUGAAGUGGCAACAAACCUGUAUUACAGCAGCAGGUAGCUGCCACCUUAAGUUGAUGUUCAAUUGCCAGAUGCCACACUAAGUCCAGUACUAAGCAUGUAAAAGCUGAGUAAGCAUUUUUAUGUUCCUCAUAAUGUUACAUAUACAGUUGUCCCUUGGUAUCUGUGAUGCAUUGGUUCCAGGACCCCCAACAGAUACCAGAAUUCAUGGAUGUUCAAGUCCCUUAUAUAAAAUGGUGUAGUAUUUGCAUAUAACCUAGACACAUUCUUCUAUAUACUUUAAAUCAUCUCUAGAUUACUUACAAUACCAAAUAUAAUGUAAAUGCUGUGUAAAUAAUUGCAUUGGUUUUUAUUUGUAUUUUUUUUUUUGGUUUGUUUGUUUGCUUAGUAUUUUUGAUCCAUGGUUGGUUGAAUCUGUGGGUGGGGCACACAUGGAUGUGGAGGGCUGCCUGUACUUUAUCUUCCUUAGGUUUCAGAGGUACUUUAGAAUAUUCUAGUGCCAUAUUGUCUUCAUGAAGUGUUUUUGAUAGCCAGUGUCUGCUUAUUACUGCAUGAGGUACACGAAGGAAUAUACGUUAUUGUUAACAUAUUAGAAGCAUUAUAUUGUCUGGGAGACAAAAUUUUCACCCAUAAUUAGGCCUAGAAAGCACUUUGCCCCAAUUAUCAGUAAGAGACUCAUCAGUGAGCAUCAAGAAUGGAAAGGAUUAUAAACAGUAGAUGGAAUAUUUGUAAUUAUUCACUGUAAUUCUUCCUGAACUACAAUUUGUAUUACUUUAGAAAAAUGGAAGUCACAUUGAAAAAAAAUAAGAGGCCGAGAUCAUAUAUUAUAUUAAAAAAGUAUAAAUGGCAUAGACUAAAUUUACCAGAUGUUCAGAGAAGAAAGAAAAUGGGGAGAUCAGUUUGUUAGGUGAAGGGAGGCUAGAGCUGAGAGUGUGGAAGAGGAAGUUGGUGGCUAUUGUAAACUCAGGUGACCAAGGCUUUAAUGACAUUGUCAUAUAUAUUGUAGGCAUUUGAUAAAGAUUUCUUUUGGACACAGUAAUAACUUCACUUCUGUUUACUGAGUGGUUACAACACACUGGGCACUUGACCAAGACUGUUCCUACUUUAUGGAGGAGAAAGACACAGAGUGCCAGAACAGAUAAAGCCCAGUGUAAGCCAGCCUCAGCCUGCCAACUCUAAUAACGGCACUUCCACAGCAACCAGCACUAAUAAUAAUGCCAAGCGAGCUACAGCCAACAAUCAGCAGCCACAGCAGCAGCAGCAACAGCAGCAGCCGCAGCAGCCGCAGCAGCAGCAGCCACAGCAGCAGCCACAGCCGCAGCCGCAGCAGCCACAGCAGCCACAGGCCUUGCCUCGGUAUCCUCGUGAAGUACCUCCACGAUUUCGCCACCAGGAACACAAACAGCUUCUAAAGAGGGGUCAGCAUUUUCCUGUUAUAGCAGCAAACCUUGGAUCUGCUGUUAAGGUGUUAAACAGCCAGUCAGAAAGCAGUGCUUUAACAAAUCAACAGCCACAAAAUAACGGAGAGGUGGAGAACAGCAAAAACCAGUCAGAUAUAAACCACAGUACUUCAGGAUCCCAUUAUGAAAAUUCCCAGCGGGGACCUGUGUCUUCUACAAGUGAUUCUAGCACAAACUGUAAGAAUGCUGUAGUAAGUGACUUGUCGGAAAAAGAAGCAUGGCCCUCAGCCCCUGGCAGUGAUCCGGAGUUGGCUUCAGAAUGUAUGGAUGCUGAUUCUGCCUCCAGUUCUGAAUCAGAGAGAAACAUCACUAUCAUGGCUUCAGGGAACACAGGUGGUGAAAAAGAUGGCCUUCGGAAUAGCACUGGACUUGGUUCCCAAAACAAGUUUGUAGUUGGUAGCAGCAGCAAUAAUGUGGGCCAUGGAAGUAGUACUGGGCCAUGGGGUUUUUCCCAUGGAGCCAUAAUAAGCACAUGUCAGGUCUCUGUGGAUGCUCCUGAAAGCAAAUCUGAAAGUAGCAACAAUAGAAUGAAUGCUUGGGGCACUGUAAGUUCUUCAUCAAAUGGAGGGUUAAAUCCAAGCACUUUGAAUUCAGCUAGCAACCAUGGUGCCUGGCCAGUAUUAGACAACAAUGGACUUGCCCUAAAAGGGCCUGUAGGGAGUGGUAGUUCUGGCAUUAAUAUUCAGUGCAGUACUAUAGGCCAGAUGCCUAACAAUCAGAGUAUUAACUCUAAAGUGAGUGGUGGUUCUACCCAUGGUACCUGGGGAAGCCUUCAGGAAACUUGUGAAUCUGAAGUAAGUGGUACACAGAAGGUUUCAUUCAGUGGUCAACCUCAAAAUAUUACCACUGAAAUGACUGGACCAAAUAACACUACUAACUUUAUGACCUCUAGUUUACCAAACUCCGGUUCAGUGCAGAAUAAUGAGCUGCCUGGUAGUAACACAGGGGCCUGGCGUGUGAGCACAAUGAAUCAUCCUCAGAUGCAGGCUCCAUCAGGUAUGAAUGGCACUUCCCUUUCUCACCUUAGCAAUGGAGAGUCAAAAAGUGGAGGCUCUUAUGGUACUACAUGGGGUGCCUAUGGUUCUAAUUACUCUGGAGACAAAUGUUCAGGCCCUAAUGGCCAAGCUAAUGGUGACACUGUGAAUGCAACUCUAAUGCAGCCUGGCGUAAAUGGUCCUAUGGGCACUAACUUUCAAGUUAACACAAACAAAGGAGGUGGUGUGUGGGAAUCUGGUGCAGCAAACUCCCAGAGUACAUCAUGGGGAAGCGGAAAUGGCGCAAAUUCUGGAGGAAGUCGAAGAGGAUGGGGAACCCCUGCACAAAACACUGGCACUAAUUUACCCAGCGUUGAGUGGAACAAACUGCCUAGCAAUCAGCAUUCCAAUGACAGUGCAAAUGGCAAUGGUAAGACGUUUACAAAUGGAUGGAAAUCUACUGAGGAAGAGGAUCAGGGUUCUGCCACAUCUCAGACAAAUGAGCAAAGCAGUGUGUGGGCCAAAACAGGAGGUACAGUGGAGAGCGAUGGUAGUACAGAAAGCACUGGACGCCUUGAGGAAAAAGGAACUGGGGAAAGUCAGAGUAGAGACAGAAGAAAAAUUGAUCAGCACACAUUACUCCAAAGCAUUGUAAACAGAACUGACUUAGAUCCACGUGUCCUGUCCAACUCUGGUUGGGGACAGACUCCUAUUAAGCAGAAUACUGCCUGGGAUACAGAAACGUCACCUAGAGGGGAACGAAAGACUGACAAUGGGACAGAGGCCUGGGGAAGCUCUGCAACACAGACUUUUAACUCAGGGGCAUGUAUAGAUAAGACUAGCCCUAAUGGUAAUGAUACCUCAUCUGUAUCAGGGUGGGGCGAUCCCAAACCUGCUCUGAGGUGGGGAGAUUCCAAAGGCUCAAACUGCCAGGGGGGGUGGGAAGAUGAUUCUGCUGCUACAGGAAUGGUCAAGAGCAAUCAGUGGGGGAAUUGCAAAGAGGAGAAGGCUGCAUGGAAUGACUCGCAAAAGAAUAAACAGGGAUGGGGUGAUGGACAAAAAUCAAGCCAAGGGUGGUCUGUUUCUGCCAGUGAUAACUGGGGAGAAACUUCAAGGAGUAACCAUUGGGGUGAGGCCAAUAAGAAAUCCAGCUCAGGAGGUAGUGACAGUGACAGGUCCGUUUCCGGUUGGAACGAACUUGGUAAAACUAGUUCUUUCACUUGGGGAAACAACAUAAAUCCAAAUAAUUCAUCAGGAUGGGAUGAAUCUUCUAAACCUACUCCUUCCCAGGGAUGGGGAGACCCUCCAAAGUCUAAUCAGUCUCUAGGUUGGGGAGAUUCGUCAAAGCCAGUCAGCUCUCCAGACUGGAACAAGCAACAAGACAUUGUUGGAUCUUGGGGAAUCCCACCAGCUACAGGCAAACCUCCUGGUACAGGCUGGCUGGGGGGACCUAUACCAGCCCCAGCAAAAGAAGAAGAACCCACAGGCUGGGAGGAACCAUCCCCAGAAUCUAUACGUCGCAAAAUGGAGAUUGAUGAUGGAACUUCAGCUUGGGGAGAUCCAAGCAAAUACAACUACAAAAAUGUGAACAUGUGGAACAAAAACGUCCCAAAUGGCAACAGCCGUUCAGACCAGCAAGCACAGGUACAUCAGCUGCUAACGCCGGCAAGUGCCAUCUCAAACAAAGAGGCAAGCAGUGGCUCUGGCUGGGGUGAGCCCUGGGGGGAGCCUUCUACUCCAGCCACAACUGUGGAUAAUGGUACUUCAGCAUGGGGUAAGCCCAUAGACAGUGGUCCCAGCUGGGGGGAACCCAUUGCUGCGGCAUCCAGCACAUCCACGUGGGGCUCCAGCUCUGUUGGUCCACAAGCAUUAAGCAAAUCUGGGCCAAAAUCUAUGCAAGAUGGCUGGUGUGGUGAUGAUAUGCCAUUGCCUGGAAAUCGCCCCACUGGCUGGGAAGAGGAAGAGGAUGUGGAGAUUGGAAUGUGGAAUAGUAAUUCAUCUCAAGAGCUUAACUCAUCUUUAAAUUGGCCACCAUAUACAAAGAAAAUGUCAUCGAAGGGUCUGAGUGGCAAAAAAAGGAGAAGGGAAAGGGGAAUGAUGAAAGGUGGAAACAAACAAGAAGAAGCGUGGAUAAAUCCAUUUGUUAAACAGUUUUCAAAUAUCAGUUUUUCGAGAGACUCACCAGAGGAAAAUGUACAAAGCAAUAAGGUGGACCUUUCUGGAGGAAUGUUACAAGACAAACGAAUGGAGAUAGAUAAACAUAGCCUAAAUAUUGGUGAUUACAAUCGAACGGUCGGGAAAGGCCCUGGUUCUCGGCCUCAGAUUUCCAAAGAGUCUUCCAUGGAGCGCAAUCCUUAUUUUGAUAAGGAUGGCAUUGUAGCAGAUGAAUCCCAAAACAUGCAGUUUAUGUCCAGUCAAAGCAUGAAGCUUCCCCCUUCAAAUAGUGCACUACCUAACCAGGCCCUUGGCUCCAUAGCAGGGCUGGGUAUGCAAAACUUGAAUUCUGUUAGACAGAAUGGCAAUCCCAGUAUGUUUGGUGUUGGAAACACAGCAGCACAACCCCGGGGCAUGCAGCAGCCUCCAGCACAACCUCUUAGUUCAUCUCAGCCUAAUCUCCGUGCUCAAGUGCCUCCUCCAUUACUCUCCCCUCAGGUUCCAGUUUCAUUGCUGAAGUAUGCACCAAACAACGGUGGCCUGAAUCCACUCUUUGGCCCUCAACAGGUAGCCAUGCUGAACCAGCUAUCCCAGCUAAACCAGCUUUCUCAGAUCUCCCAGUUACAGCGAUUGUUAGCGCAGCAGCAAAGGGCGCAGAGUCAGAGAAGCGUGCCUUCUGGGAACCGGCCGCAGCAAGACCAGCAGGGUCGACCUCUUAGCGUGCAGCAGCAAAUGAUGCAACAAUCUCGUCAACUUGAUCCAAACCUGUUGGUGAAGCAGCAGACUCCACCAUCUCAGCAGCAGCCACUCCAUCAGCCAGCCAUGAAGUCUUUCCUUGACAAUGUCAUGCCCCACACUACACCUGAGCUGCAAAAAGGGCCAUCACCAAUAAAUGCUUUCAGCAACUUCCCUAUAGGCUUGAACUCAAACUUGAAUGUAAAUAUGGAUAUGAACAGUAUUAAAGAGCCACAGUCAAGACUAAGGAAGUGGACGACAGUGGACAGCAUUUCUGUGAACACAUCUUUGGAUCAAAACUCCAGCAAACAUGGUGCUAUUUCAAGUGGUUUCAGGCUGGAAGAGUCUCCAUUUGUUCCCUAUGACUUUAUGAACAGCAGUACUUCACCAGCCAGUCCUCCAGGUUCAAUAGGAGAUGGCUGGCCACGUGCCAAAUCGCCUAACGGCUCUAGCAGUGUUAAUUGGCCACCAGAAUUUCGUCCUGGUGAGCCAUGGAAAGGUUAUCCAAACAUUGACCCUGAAACUGACCCUUACGUCACUCCUGGCAGUGUCAUAAACAAUCUUUCAAUUAAUACUGUGCGGGAAGUUGACCACCUCAGGGACAGGAACAGUGGGUCAUCCUCAUCCUUGAACACCACGCUGCCUUCAACUAGUGCCUGGUCAUCCAUUCGUGCCUCCAACUACAACGUUCCCCUCAGCAGUACAGCACAAAGCACUUCAGCCAGAAAUAGUGAUUCCAAAUUGACAUGGUCUCCUGGUUCAGUUACAAACACCUCUCUGGCUCAUGAGCUGUGGAAGGUCCCUUUGCCACCUAAAAACAUCACUGCUCCGUCCCGCCCACCUCCGGGACUGACUGGUCAGAAGCCACCCUUGUCUACGUGGGAUAAUUCUCCCCUUCGUAUAGGUGGAGGAUGGGGAAAUUCUGACGCCAGAUAUACCCCAGGUUCCAGCUGGGGUGAGAGCAGCUCAGGGAGAAUAACAAAUUGGCUUGUUCUAAAAAACCUUACACCUCAGAUCGAUGGCUCAACUCUGCGCACUCUGUGCAUGCAGCACGGCCCGCUGAUCACAUUCCACCUGAACCUCCCUCACGGAAAUGCUCUGGUCCGCUACAGUUCAAAAGAAGAGGUAGUGAAGGCACAAAAGUCUCUGCACAUGUGUGUACUGGGGAACACUACUAUUCUUGCUGAGUUUGCCAGUGAAGAGGAGAUCAGUCGUUUCUUUGCACAAAGCCAGUCUCUGACCCCUUCUCCCGGCUGGCAGUCUCUCGGGUCCAGCCAGAGCCGGCUGGGCUCCCUCGACUGUUCCCACUCAUUCUCCAGCCGGACCGAUCUCAAUCACUGGAAUGGUGCUGGGCUGUCGGGAACUAACUGUGGAGACCUUCACGGCACUUCACUCUGGGGGACCCCGCAUUAUUCCACAAGCCUGUGGGGUCCCCCAAGCAGCAGCGACCCCCGAGGAAUUAGCAGCCCAUCUCCCAUUAACGCUUUUCUUUCUGUUGACCACCUGGGUGGGGGUGGAGAGUCCAUGUAACAGUGUAGAUGCAGACUCACCGACCGGGACCUCAGACGCGAGGGAAAGGAGCACUAAGUGGGGCUCGCCGCCUGCAGCCAGGGGCCGCCUGUGGGAACAGCUAUUCUCUGCACAUUUUCCACUUUGUUUUCCCCAAAACAUAUCAGUUUGAAUACUUGAAUCAUGCAGGCCAAUAUUAUAAUGUGAAAAGGUAUCUACUCUAUUUACACUCCCAAAUAGCGCCAUACAUGCUAAACCGUAGAGAAUGAGCUCGCUUGUGUCUAUUCAUCAUGUUUAGCCUUUGGAUUCUUUUUUUUUUUUUCCUUCUAUUCCUCCCGCCCCCCCCCCCCCCCACCCCUUUUUUUCUCUCUUGCAAAACCAUUUUUUGGGCUGAUAACGUAUGAGCUUUUCCCUUUGCACUGAAUGAUGUUCUCUCCGUCUCAUCGGCAGUAUGGGGGGCAGCUGUCCCAGUGUCAAUGUUUACUCAAGGGUGUUCUUAGGAGGCGUGCGCUCUCUACUAUGCCUUGAUGUUGCCUACCUUAUUGUGGUAUCGUGGAGUUUAAAAGAUCAAGUUAGGAUACUGACUUAGGAUUAUUAAUGAAAGUGUUGCACCAGUUUUUUCAUGUUGUAAAACUAAAGAAUUUCGCUCUGCAGUUUGAAAAACUGUGGCCACAGCUGUGACUUGCAGCCCACCUGCCACCCAGGACGGGCCCUGCACUUUGAAUAGGCUUUCCAUUUUGUUUUGGAGGUUCUCACUUUGAACCUUCUUGUUUACAGAUUUUUUUGUUUGUUUUUUGAGAAAAAAAAUGUUUACUCUUCCAUCAUUUAAAAAAAAUGUAAAAGACAAAAAAAAAAUGGAGGAUGAUUUAAAAGAUGCUUUCUAUCUCUGGGAAAAAGGAGCAGCAUUUGGCCAUGUUCUUUUGUUUUUCUAUUCCUGUCCCAAAUCAAAGAGCAUGGUUCUCAGGAAAACCAGUUCCCCAGUUUAAAAAAAAAAAAAAAAAAAAAAUUCCUUGUAGUUUCUUAUAGGAAAAAAAGAAAAACCCCAACUUUUAGCACUGAUACUACAUAUUGCUCUGUUAAAGAAUUUUCUCUGCCAAAAAAAAAGAAAAAACAAAAAAACGCUUAAAGCUGGAGUUUGACAUUCUGCUUUCAGAUGCUGUCUUUUUAUUAGUGAGUGAUGAUGGUUUGCUAAUAAUCAAUAGGUAAUAAUUUUUUGUAAUCCCAUCAAGUGGCUCCAUAUGUUUCUGCUCUCUCGUGACUGUGUUAAUGUUUAACUGUUGUACCUUAAAGCCGAAAUCAGUAACUAUGCAUACUGUAACCAAGGUAUUGGGCUUACAGAGUUGUUUGUUGUAUAAAGAAAAUUUUAAAUGUUGUUGCAAACUAACGAGUUACACCAUUUUAAACUUUCUUUCCUCCCCCCUUUUUUUGCCCACAAAUGGUAUUAUAAUGCUUGCUUAGUCAAAGAAGAGAGACUAAACAAGGGUAAAAAUUUUAACAGUACAGAAUUUGCCAUCAUAUCAUUGCCUUGAUUCUAACUGUUUGUGUCCUAAGAUGCAAAAGAAGUCAGUGGCUUUUAACUGUUUACAAAUAGAAUGUGAUUGUAAAAUGUACAGUUUGGUUGUGUUUGAAUUAUGAAAUUUCUUCAGAUAUAAUAAACCAUGACUUUUUGGCUGCUCAACAUUAAUUGUCUCCUUUUUGUGAAUUUAUUUGUAGGCUCUUUUUUAUAAUGAAAGUUUCAAAGUUGCUAUGUAUGAGGGUUCUCAUAGAGCAACCGAUUAAAAAUUUAAGCAAAUAUUUGAACAUUUUAUCUGAACUCAUCACAAUUUCACCCUGAAAUAAUGUGAGAACAAUGGGAAACUGUAGCUUGCUCCUUCCCACCCUCUCUGAGCAUCUUUGGGAUCUUGUUGCUCAAAACUCUUCUGUGACUUCAUCUUCCCCACCAUUUGUGCCCAUCUCAAGCCUCAGCAAGAAACCAUGUGGAACAUGAAGCUUAAUGACUUGACAGUGUACUAGUGUUAAACUCUCAUACCUCUGUUACAAAGCGAGAAACGCCACACCCGGACUGGCCUUUUCUUCCCCCUUCACGGCCCUCGCUUCUCCCUGCAGGAGCUCGGGGGCGAAACCUGUGUAUGGAUUUCAGUGUAUGACUUCAGAUCAUGCUCCAACUUGCCAGGUGUAAGCUAAUGUUGUCGGACACCUUACUAUAAGCAAAUGUUAUUCAGUGCGUUCAAUGUAUAUUGACUUCCAUACUGGUUUUUCCAAAAACCAAAGGUAGCUUUGAAAAACCAUGUCUGGAAAUGUUUGGAGCGUUAAGCUGAUUGACCUUCUGACCUUGGGGCUUUGAGUAGUAUAUAAUUCAUAACUGCGUUAAUUGUAUUGUUAAAGUGUUUGGGAGUUUUUUGCGCUUGUUAUGUGGAAAUAAAGUGUUUGAUUUAAAAUUU